GCUAUCAUGUAUCGACAUAGCCGCCGUUGGGAGCGUAGUCGUAGUCCUAGAAGGGGCAGUGUGUUCCAGGGUAAAUGCGACAACUGUGGGGGCUUUGGUCACAAGAGGGCCCAGUGCCCGACGCCAUUGCUGUGGCCGGCACCAUCUCAUGGAGGCGUGGAAGAGGCGCCCCGUAGGAUGAGUAAUGAUCGGAGGGCGGGUCCACGAGGAGUUUCACCUUAUCGUUAUGAAGGAGGUCAUGGCGGCCGGGUGGAGGAGUUUUCAAGGAGAUCCGGGAGAGAUGAGCGUUACCGUCCGACAGUAUGCCGUAAUUGUGGACUGACUGGUCAUUGGGAGGGGCAGUGCGAUAAGGAGCCUGUGUGCUACAACUGCAGGAGGAGCGGUCAUCGGGUCAGCGAAUGCCCUGUGAAGGAGAGGAUAUGUCGGAGGUGUCGCAGGCCUGGGCAUGAGGAAAAGGACUGUACGCAUCUCCCACGAUGCAUACUGUGCGAUAAGGACGGCCAUUUGUCUAUGGAUUGCCCUAUGAAGGAUGUCAUGUGUCUCAACUGUAAGGAGAUGGGACAUAGGACCAGGGACUGCACCAACGAUAUCGUUUGCAACAAGUGCCUGAAGCCUGGUCACAAGGUGGCCGAUUGUCCUAUGCUGAGGGAAGGGGAUGAGGUCACCAUGGUGGAUGAGGAGGAGGACGACGACAGAGCCUUUGAAUUCGAUAGCGGGACAAAGGACUAUUGCCUCAACUGUAAAGGUUACGGCCAUUUUGCCAGGGACUGCCCUAAUGAGCCUGUGUGCAACGCGUGUGGUAUGGAGGGCCACAUCGCUGUUAAUUGUCCGAGGGCUCGGAGGGGGUUCUCUCGGGGGCGUUCUCCAUCGAGAGAAGCGAAGUGGGAGUCGUCACCAGCAGGGCGUGGCGGAUGGUUCAGCGACAGGUUCGAUAGGGCUCUGAUAGACGAAGAAAUCUGUUUGAAUUGCAAGAGGCCUGGGCAUGUGUUCAGAGAUUGCCCCAAUGAAAUCGUGUGCAAUAAAUGUGGUGGGGCCGGUCACAAGGCUUAUGAAUGUCCGCAAGGAGAGGACAGGUCGCCUCGGAAGAGGUCGCAAAAAGACUGCUAUAUCUGUGGCGAGCUCGGUCAUAUCGCCUCGGAGUGUCCAAAUAGGGAUCAACAGCGUCCGAGGGAGGGUCGACUCACCAGCAGAUGGGCCAAGAACGAGGACCGGGCCUCGAGUUGGGCCCGGGCGAGCGCCGAUGACGAAUUGUGCUAUAACUGCCAUCAACGUGGUCACAAGGCAAGGGACUGCAAAAACCGGCCUAUUUGCAGGAAUUGCCAUCGUGAGGGCCAUAUAGCUCAGGACUGCCUAGCCUCUAGAGGAGAUGCCCCAUCGGAACACACAGUGUGUCGGAAUUGUCGCCAGACUGGGCACCUCUCGCGAGACUGUCACAACCCGCCUGUCUGCAAUAGGUGUAAUAAAGUCGGCCAUAAGGCAGCGGCUUGUGAGGCUUUCUGA